AAUAUGGAAUUAACAACUCUCAGGUUACAUGCUCAAAGCGUAUUCUGACGUCACUUUCAUUACCAGACCUGUGUGCUCAAUUAAGCCCUCGCGUGCUUGACACUUGCCUCGAACGCUCCGUCUUUCUCUUUCAAACUUGCACUUCAAAGGAAAAGCUUUGAGAAAAAUGGCCCACAGCUUACACAUUUGUUGUGUCAUAUGUCAAAUAGUGGUGGGGGAAAUGCACAAGAACUCCCACCAAACAGCAGUUCAUUUGUGUUGAUUAAGUUCAUUUCAAUACAUUUGAAGGUAAACGCAAGUGUAUAAAACAACCCCAAUUUGGGAUUCAGAGUGUGGUGCCAACUUAAACAGUUGCUAUGGGUGUAGACACACAACAGAAUGGUUAUUUAUUUAUUUACAGUAUUCCUUGGAAAGAAAGAAAGAAAAUCUGCCAGUACAUAUGGAAAAGCUAAUUUACUUCAAGACUAGCUAUAAGUGUUGAUAUAAAAAAUGUAUGCCUUUCUUUAAUUAUUAACACUGCCUCUCCACCCUGCUAGGUGAUAGGGUUACGUUGUGUUAUUUGUUUUGAGUUCGCUGAAAUGGUUGGGUUUGUAUAAGGGGUCUAUUCAUGAGGGAGCAUAUCCCUGGCUAGCCUGCAGCAUUACAUCUUGCUUGCUGGAUCUCUUAGAAGUGCAGGGACCUCUUCUGGUGUGUCCUGCAUUUUUGAGGACCUGAGUAGCCUGUAAACUCACCUACAAUAGGGGUUUCCUGCAUCUGAUCCAACAGCUAAAACCAGAAGCAGAAAGUGUGCAGAGAUAACAGUCACUCCUUGUUUGGUGCUUCCUUAAUGGCCCUUAAUGACUUUAGAACAUCUUAUGCAAUGUAUUUCACAUAUCAUCAAGCUAUCCACUUCUGUGUUGAGCUAGUUGUGCUGCUGUUAUGGGGUACAGAGGUAUCAAAACCUGGAAUGCAAACUAGAACACAGAAGCGCAAUAUUCACGCAAUUUGAAUACAAGAGGCGACUUCACUGCAGCAAGAGCUAAAAGUGCGCUAACUGACUAGCUUCUGCACCUCAAGCAAGCAUCUUAACCACAAAAAGAUUGAUCUGGCACCUUGGACCAUAAGCGUUCAAUUGCUCUCAAGUUGCUUCAUAUACAGGAGGCUGACUUUUGACUUUUAGCCUUCACAAUGCAGUGGAGGGAAUUGUUUAGUGUGUUUACUUCUUCUUAAUGUUUAACAUCAUAACAAGGCAGUGGCCUUCCUCUGCUGCUAGGCAUGGCUUACAUAUUGUUAAUUUGUCCCUGACUGUAUUAAGCAGGAAUCUUUCAGAAAUACUGAGUCACACAUUUGCUGUAAGAGGACACACAGGCACUAGGAUACCUUGGACUUCACAGCUGAGCUCUGGUGCUUUUGUAAGGGCCGUGUAGAAAUCUACCUGUCAGGCUGUAUAUCCCCAUGUAGUGCAUGGAGACCCAGUGAAGGGUGUUCAAUUCCAUUGUGUUUGAUCUGACUGGGUGUGUUUCUGCUUUGUUUCAGCUGUUUCCUGAAGCGCUGCCUCUGCUAACGUGAUCAUGCUCUCCAGACUCAACCUGCUCCUACUGAUCUCCAGCUGCUCAUCAAUGAUCCCGUUUCGCUCUGUCCGAGGAGCAGGCUGCAAAGCAGGCUGUGACCUGGGCCAUGGGCACUGCGAUGAGAACGGCAUUUGCAGGUGUGACCCAGGCUGGGAGGGGGAGCUGUGUGAUGACUGUGCCCGCAAGCCGGGCUGCGUCCAUGGGACGUGUCAGCAGCCCUGGCAGUGUACCUGCGAAAGCAGCUGGACGGGGCGCUUCUGUGAUAGAGAUAUUAACGUGUGUGCCAAUCAGCGCCCCUGUCAGAAUGGUGCCACCUGUAUUGCUAGUGAUGGGGAGUAUUCCUGUAUCUGUGCCAACGGUUUUCAUGGCAAGGACUGCGAGUUGAAGUCAGGGCCUUGUCAGCAGGCCAGGUCCCCCUGUAAGAACAGAGGCUCAUGCGUGGAUGACAACGGUUACGCUACAGAGCUGUCCUGUCGUUGCCUGGCAGGGUACGUAGGCCCCCGCUGUGAGGUCAACGUGGACGACUGCUUGAUGCGCCCCUGUGCCAAUGGCGCCACCUGUCACGACGGCAUCAACCGCUUUUCCUGCGAGUGCCAGGCUGGCUUCGAGGGGCGCUUUUGCACUGUCAACAUAGACGACUGCGCCAGCGGGCCCUGUCUCAAUGGUGGCCGCUGCUUAGACCGCAUCAACCGAUUCGACUGCGUUUGCCCUCCAGGCUACACUGGGAAAACGUGCUCUGACCCCACUGUGAAACCCAAGCAGGAAACAAGAUCCCAGAACUGGACCCCUGGGAGCUGGACCAGCGGCUCCUCGAGGGGCACCCUGCCCCGGCCUGACCACACUCUCCACGGCGCCAGGUGGAAUGUAUCGGACCCGUCGCACAGGAACCAGUCGGGCAGCACACACUUGUUCAAGAUCUCCGUGAAGGAAGUGGUGACCCAGCAGGGUUCGCUGCUGACCAAGGUCCAGCUGACACUGCUGGUGGUCUUCGGAUCGCUCACCCUGGCUCUGGUGGGCCUCACUGUGGCCGUGGUGCUGAGGGGUCAUUGGAGAGAGCGUUGCUCGAGGUGCCGCUGUGCCUCCCAACCAAACCGUCAGGCAAAGGCAGAUGAGGAAUUAAAGAUCAGCAUUUUACCUCACCCCGUGCCUGACCUGAAGAAGAAACACAACACGGAAGUCAUUUAAUAAAUAAAUAAAUAAAACUUCAACAUGCACCAUUUUCUUGGAUUUCAAAGACUAGCUGUGAGGAGUUAAUGUACCUUUUGUAUGGCCAAGUUCUACAAGGAGGAAUUGUGGGGGUUUACGUGGGGGCAACUGGAUACGAACGGUGAAAAUUGAACCCCCCCAAACCCCAAUAUGCAAGAACAGAUCUUCAUAAUCAAGGUUAUUAGAUCUAGGAACUGUAAAAGUAAACCGUUUCCCUAGUCAUAACAAAGGUAUGAAAUACAGUGGAACAUUUCUUAGGUUUUCAUGAAGAUGGGGUAGGUUCUCAGACUCUGGGGUAGACGUUGUCAUAGCAGAGACUUGUUUGAGUGAGCCUUGAUCUAUAUGGAUGGGUUACGACUACACCAAAAGUUGUUAUUAUGGGUUGCAGUGCAGUGCCUUCGUCAUAUUGACUGUUCAGUCCAUCAUCCAGUGUCACGACAAAAGAGCUUAAACCCGAGAAUAAUUAUGACCCUGUGGUCAUGCAUCUGAUCACACUGAGACGUUUAUGCACUGUGGAUAACAAGAAGCAGUUUUACUAACUGCAGCGAGAAAGAUAUUUAUUAUUGUUUUAUUACAACUAUAAAACAGAAUUGCUUUACUCAUCAGAAUGUGUUGGUGUAACCAUGCACCAUUUACCAAAAAAAAACAAAAAAAACGUAUAAAUGAUUCAUUUUUUUGCUCACCCAGUUA